GCACACCGCUGGAAAUCGAAAUCGAAACCGAUACCAAUCAAAAUAGUUUUCACUUUUUAUUGGAUUAGCCGCACCAGCAACUCAUCUUAAUUAAACAGAAAACAGGAAACUUUUGGUUCGCUUUUUUUGGCAACUCUUGGAUGCCCCAACAUGGCGCACUAUGAUCAACGUUGGCUGAAGCUCUUCUCCGGCUGCCUCUUCCUCUUGCUGCUGGCUCUGCAGGUUUCGGAUGCCAAGCGAUCAAAUGCCAAUCUCACGGCCUGCCAGCAUCUGAGAAGGGCAGAGACGAGACGAGCCAAGGCCCUGCAAACCGGAACUGAGGGACCUUCAGUUAGGGUUCCCCGCUGCCAGAAGAAUGGUGACUUCGAUACCAUCCAGUGCCAGGACGAGAGAGCUGGCCGCAAUUGCUGGUGUGUCGAUGAGUAUGGAGUGGAACUGCCCGGCAGUCGCAAUGAGACACGAGCGGGAGUAAGUUGCUCCGAGCCCAAGCACUGUACUGCCUCCGCCUGCCGCAUGUUUUGCCCCUCGGGAUUCGCUCGGGAUCCUGAGACUGGCUGCUCCGUUUGCCGCUGCCGUGAUCCUUGCGAUGGACUGGAGUGUCCUCGCGGUCAGUCCUGUCAGCUGCAGGAAGUGCAGUGCAAAUCGGAGCCUUGUCCGCCGCUGCCCACCUGCAAGAAGGCCCGAUCCUUGGCCAAUCUCUGUCCCGCCGGACUGCCUUUGGCCAUCGAUGACACGGUGAGACCGUUCUUGUGUGGCCUGGAUCCCGGUAAGCCACAGUGUCCGCCCCUGUAUCAGUGCCUGGUGGAGUCCGGCAAUGACUAUGGCGUCUGCUGUCCCAGUGCCCUCACCUUCCAGAAGCCUGGAAUUUGUCCAGCGCCGGAACAGAGCCAGUAUACGGAGCGCACGGGCUAUAUGUGCGGAUCGCCCUGCUCCCACGACCUGGAGUGCCGCAACCUGGAGAAGUGCUGCUUUACCAAGGGAUGUCAGUUCAACUGCCAGCAGCCGGGUAAUAUUACGGGUUGCCACCAGGCCAAGGCUCUGGCUGACAUUCUGGCCAUUAACGAGCGCGAGGGACGCGGCUAUGUCCCAGAGUGCAACGGACCCGGUGGUCAGUUCUCUCCCAAGCAGUGCUCCCGGAAUGGACUCGUCUGCUGGUGUGUGGACCCUCGGACUGGACACAAGAUCAAGGAGACCAUGGGUGCCGCCAACAAUGUGAACUGCGAGGGAUGGGAGAACAUGAUCAGUCGCUCCUAUGCCAGGAGCUUCCAGAUGGAGCAGUGCGACACCAACAUCUGUGCCGCCGUCUGUGAAUAUGGAUUUAAGAAUGACCACAAUGGCUGUCCCACCUGCGAGUGCUCCGAGCCCUGUGAGGGCUUCAAGUGUGCCAUUGGCUCCCACUGUGAGGUGGCCACCGAUCCUCUGUGUGAGUCGGGAUCCUCACUCUGCGCCUCCUGGCCUGUGUGCAAACCUGAUUUGGUUUACUCAAAUCCCUGUGAUGUGGGAACACCGCUCUCCGACACGGCAACUGGUGAGGUGAUGUACUGCUUCGAGGAACGUCAGGGUCGCAGCUUCCAGCCCACAGCCUUUUUCGAACCGGAAACGGAUACGCUGUCAAAACAGGGCCGUUCCAUGAGCAACCGCAUCAUGUGUCCGGAUCAAUACAAGUGCACAAAGCUUCACAGGGAAACGGAGAGUGUGUGCUGUCCAGUGCCCGAGCAGAGUACUCCUGCCGAGGGAGUAACAGGUGGACAUCAGCAGACCAUGUGCGAAUACCUGAGGGACUUUUCGGAGCGCAUGGAGGGCACCGAGGAGGGCAUGCAGCUGGCAGUUCCCUCGCCUCGCUGCACCAACGAUGGUGACUAUGAGGGACGCCAGUGUCAGCUGAAGAAGAUUCGUGUUACCCGCGCCGAGCAGCGCAAGAUCCUCGAGGAGAAUACCAUCCGUCGCAUGAGGAUGCUGCUGGCUAGCGCUGCUCCCAGUGCUUCAAAACGUAGUCGUCGUGAUACGGAGCGCCUGAAGCUGUACCGAGUGGAGGACAGUGCUCUAAAGGUCCAGGUGGCAGCUCCUGUGAUGGGUCGCAGUGCCAAGGUGAUUGACAUGGGCGCCGAUCGCCAGCAGGGAUUGGGUCAGCUCUUCGAAACGGACUUUAAGAAGGUGGCCUCGGCAACCAAGCGGCCGCCAGAGAACGAGGAUGACCUCGUCGAAAUGGAAGUGGAGCAAUGCUGGUGUGUGGAUAGCUUUGGUACCGAGAUACCCCAAACUCGUGGCUUCAAUGUCAGUGAGGAGACCUGCCGUAACGUGCGCGAUGACCUGGAGUGUCUGGACCUCACCUGUCGGAUGGGCUGCGAGUAUGGCUUUGCCCUGGAUCCGGAUACCCGCUGUCCGGCCUGCCAGUGCCGUGAUCCCUGCGAAGGCGUAACCUGCGGCUCCGGCAAGGAGUGUCGCGUGGUGGACGUGAGCUGCGAGGGCGAGUACUGCCCUCCGGUGCCGGCAUGCCUGCCCAGAAAACCGGGACAGUGUCCGUAUCUGGUGCCCCCAGGUCCGGAUAACCUCGAUGCGAAUACCUGCGCCUAUGAGUGUCGUACGGAUGCCCAUUGCGAGGGAGCCAGACGCUGUUGCUCCAAUGGUUGUGGCACCCAGUGCGUGGACCCCCAACUGAAGACAGCCUGCCAGCACCUGCAAGCCAUCCAACUGCACCAGAGCUCUGAGCUGGGAAUUCCCGCCCGUCAGAUGGCUGUGGCGCAAUGUGAUGCUCAGAGCGGCAAGUGGGAGCAGGUCCAGUGCUCCCCAGAUGGUCACUGCUGGUGCGUGGACGACCAAGGUAUGAUACUGCCGGGAACCAAGGUGAAGUCUCCGGCAGCGCCCAAGUGUCAGGAGAACUCCAGCUUCGACUGUCCCCGGACCAACUGCAGCCUCCAGUGCGAGAGUGGCCACCAAAUGGAUGCCAAUGGAUGCCCCACUUGCCAGUGCAGGAACUAUUGCAACGAGGUCAGCUGCUCCCCGCACGAGGAGUGUCAACUGAUCUCUGUGGAGUGCGUCGACAGUCCCUGUCCCAAGAUGCCCAUCUGUGUGCCACGUCGGGCAUCCGUCUGUCCCGAGGGUAAUCCCCUUCAGCAGGGAGACCUCGACAUGAGCUGCGGACCCCACAACGAGCAGGAGGCCUGUCCCACCACCCACUCUUGUCAGCUGAAUCCUGUGACCAAUCGUGGUGUAUGUUGCUCCAAGACCCGUGACGUGUGCUUCGAGUCCAUGGACAGUGGCUGCCAGGCCACCGCCAAGUCGGAGAGAAACAGUACUCGUUUCCGGUUUAGUCCCAGAGCCAACAAGUGCCUGGCCGUGGUCAUCGAUGCCGAGGCGCCAGCCUGUCAGACCAAGAACCUCUUCCAUAACGAACUGGCCUGUAACUCAGUGUGUCCAGUACUUACCCAGUGCGAACGGCUGAAGUUGAAGAACAGCCUGGCCGCCCAGCGCACCGGACACUCCUCGGUUUGGUUCCAGCCGCGUUGUGAUCCUGUCACCGGUCACUGGAGUCCCGUUCAAUGUCUGGGCAAGCAGCCACAGCUUUCAGACAAGAGGCCAUCACACACGGAGAUUGUGAGUCGAGCCUUCACCUCCGAUUCAGCUUCCGGUUCCGCUGGCGAAGAAACUCCCGGUGUGUGCUGGUGUGCGGACAAGAAGGGUGCUCCGCUGAAGGGUACUCUCACCCGGGAGAGCGAACCCAUCUGCAACAGUCGUCAGGCUCGCAACCGCAAGAACCUCGACGUCAGUGACCCCCUGAUGGAGCAGCUGAUAGCCCAGCUUACCCAACUGAAUGAUGUGGCCAGCGAGGAUUUGAAUUUUGAUGAACUGGAGGCCAGGAUCCUACCGGCCACAGCCACUGCAGCAGAAUCGAGUGUCACCGAAAGGGUACUCGAGCUGGCCAACUCCCUGCUGGACUCUCAGCUGUCCGUAGAGCAGGCCACUCUGAAGCCCAUGGAAAUGAAGACCACCCGAUGCCGUGCUCUAUCGGAGACAGCUCCCUUCCCCGUGAGCUGCGAUGAGACGGGUUCCUUCCGUCCCCUGCAGUGCAACGGCAGGAGCUGCUGGUGCGUGGAUGCCGCUGGAAAUCAGCUGCAGGCCACCCAUAUCUUUGGGGCCGGAGAUCGACACUGCAGCCAUGUACCCAUCGAGGCCGUGGCCAUUGAGCUGCACCUGACCAACAGUAGUGGGCGAAGUGUACGCAAUGCCUACGAUACCAUUCGGCGGGAGCUGCAGCAGCUGCUGGGCGGUGAAUCCGUGGAGAAUCUCCGCGUGCAGGAGAACUUCGAUGGCUCAGCAAUUGUCCGCUUCGAGCUGCAUAAUGAAGCCAAGGUGGAUCUGGCCUUCGCCAUUGAAACGGCCAUUGCUGCGGGCGACUUCCGGUUGGCUGGUGGCCAUUUCCGUCCCGACUUGACACGCUCCCACUUUGUGCACCGCAGCGCCGCGGUGCCAGUGGCCCAGGCGGCCACUGCUCAGGACGAGUCCAUCCAAUUGGUGCUCUUCAUCAUGGCCACUAGCUCGGCCUUCCUGGUCAGCGUAUUCGUUGUGUACGUGAUGCUUAAGAGGGGGCGUGGCCCCAAGGCCGUACACUCCUAUGUCAAGGGCGCCGGUUUAAGUGGCGACAAGGCCGUAGACUAUUCGGCGCCCAUCUUUGUGCUCGCUGCCAGUGACAUGGAAGCCCAUUUGGGAGUCAAGGCGUAGGAGGGGUUGUUGAGUUAUCUAAAUCAAUUUGUAAAUAAAAAAGAGCAAAUUUAAGAUCUACUUUUAGGGGGGAGGAGUUCCAGGUCAGCGGUCUCAAUCCUGCCCCAACCAAGCCAAAAGGGGAGUGAGGCUGGAGA